AUGACCACAAAUUUGGCCGAAUCUAUGAACUCGGUACUUAAGGCUACCCGAAACCUUCCUAUUACAGCAUUGGUCAAGUCAACGUACUAUCGUCUGGGAUCGUUGUUUGGAAAACGAGGACACGAUUGGACAAAAAUGUUGGCAUCCAGUCAAACUUUCACGCAAAAUUGUAACAAGGGAAUGGCCGACGAGGCGAUUAAAUCUAGCAGCCAUAAUGUCAUUCAAUUUGAUCGCGAGAAAUUCUGUUUUAUGGUUGCCAAAAGCAUUAAUCAACGCGAUGGCCGGCCAUUAGGUACUUUUAGCGUUGAUCUCAGGAGAGGGUGGUGCGAUUGUGGGAGGUUUCAGGCAUUUCAUUUACCUUGCUCUCAUGUAAUCGCAGCAUGUGCCAGUAUACGACAGGACCAUAACAUGGACAUACUAGAUGUUUUCAAGGUUCUAAGUGUAUUCAAAGUAUACAGCCAAAGCUUCCUUGGACUUCCACACCAGCAAAAUUGA